AUGUCUCAAGCUGACCUUUUUGGCGAUCCAAUGAUGGACUUUGAGGAUACAGACUUGUUCUUAUCUGCAAUUCUGUCGAGUGUCCCACCCUUGGACAAGUUGCCCAAUCCAUAUGAUCUCGACUUCACAGAGACCUCGGCUUUGAUUGGUAACCCUGAAAAUACUCUCAACAACCAAUACGACAAUCCUUCCAAAGACACUAGUUCCGUUAACAGCACUUCCUCCUCGACAGCCAAUAUAGAGCCUUCUUUGUUCGCUUCCGACAAUAAAAAGAAGCGCUCCUCGUUCAGCUCUACAUCUUACUCCGAGCCGGUGGCAUCUUCGGCCUCGAACGAAGGAACCCCGAAUACGACUAUCCUGUCUCCACAUACACUGCCUGAGGGAAUGCCUGAUGAAGUCGAGAAAAAGGACUUCAAGGUACCACAAUCCCAUUUAAAGAAGGAGAGCGUAACUUCAGCGGAGGAAACCCCUGUCUCCACCAAACCAUCGAAGAGUAAGGUCUCAGCAAAGGACAAAGUCUCGAAGCCAGCGAAGAAACCCAAAGUUUCUCACAAUAUGAUUGAGAAGAAGUACAGAACCAACAUCAAUACAAAGAUUUACGAGCUUAGAGAUGCAGUUCCAACUCUCAAAAUAGCGGCAGGCAAAAGUGACGUUCAAAUAUCUGAUUUGGAAGGUUUGGCGCCUGCUGCGAAACUCAACAAGGCCUCGGUUUUGACUAAAGCUACCGAGUACAUCAAGCACUUGGAGAAGAAGAAUAGUGAUAUGAUGUCAAAAAUUUCGCAGUUGCAGCAGCUUAUAGGAGAGGCCAAUGCCAACCCGCCUCAAGUUGACCUCAAUCUGCCAUUAAGAAUGGACGAUCGCCAAUCUCGCCCUGAAUACAAUAUGAACAACUUCGAUGGUCAAUUUGGCUUUGGAUUUGCUCCUGAGAACAAUUACAACACAACCUCCAACCAAUUUGAAAUGCUGGCCAUUACUCCACAACAACAGCAAUAUUCACAACAUGAAGGUGCUUAUCAACCUUAUAAUUCGAAUUGGAUGAUGGGUGGUCUUGCAACCUUUGUGGGAUCCUCGGUGCUUUCCAAUGAUAAUUUCAAGGGCUUGGCCGCUCUUCCAUUUAUGCCUUCAUUCGUUGCUCAUCCUUCAGCCACCACUUUGCAGACUCUUGCCAUCUUGAGAGUUGGUUUAGUAGGCUUUGGCUUAUAUUUAAUGCUUCUGCCAAUUAUCAAUGCGGCAAGGAAACCAAGAGAUGAGAAGUCUCCAGUGCAAAGCUUGUGGUUGACAUGGCUACUUGUACUGCUAGGUUUCCAAGUGCCCAAGCAGCUCAAUUCCUCCCAGAAGGACCAAAUCUUAGGUCAUGUAAUGGGCAACAGUACGGAUUCCUCAGACUGGGUGCGGGAUUACGCUAUCUUAUCAUCUAGCGAGGUCACAUUUGAAACAGCAUUUUUGAAUGUGCUUAUUGGGACUUUUAUAACGGAAAAGUACCCACUCUUUUCCAAGUUCAUUGCUCCAACACUUCAGACGAAAGCAGCCUUGUUACGUAAGCUCGAUUGCAGCGAACAUCAAGAGUCUUUGAAAAGGUUGAGCCAGCUCAUCAAAAAUCUUGACGGUUCCUCGAUGUUCACUUCGGAAAAGCUCAUUGCUCGUUUUUUGAACGUUUCUACGAGAAGAAACAUCUUUGCCGGUGUAAAAGCUGGUGAGAACUCUCUUCUUUAUAUUGAAGUCUUCAAGCGCUAUCGGAAAGAUAUUUACUCUAUAAUUUUUGGAUGGAGAAUUCUCGAUUUGUUAUAUGAGGUGAACCUCAGAUACCUCAAAUCAUUGACAAGCAAGAGCGAAGAUGAAGAAGCAGAGGAGCUCAAGGAUUCUUUGAAUACUGAUCUCAUUACAAUCGGUAAACUUGUGGAAGACUUCGCGGAUCCAGGUCUUAAACAAUACUAUUUGCUGGUAAGAAGUCUUAUGUGUCCCGAAUCAACACCCGAAAUGAUUCAAAACAUGAAGCAAGCCAUUGUACAAACCGUUUCAAGUCUUAAUUCCUAUUUCGACGGUCAGGAACUAACGGAUGAUGAGGAUUUCUCAGACAGUGAAGAAGCGGAAGAAUCAUCGGACGACACUGAAGUAGAUUCGAUAGGAAAGGGCAGAGUCGACGCGAUUGAGGCUCUCAAGGAGGAGAAAUCGCUUUUAUACUCCCUCAACUUGGUCGAUGAAGAAAAGUUCAUUGUUUUGACUGCUUCGUCGAUACUCUUCUACUUGCAAAAAGAAGAUCACGAAAAUGUGCAACACUUGUUGAAACAUUUGAGGCAAAUCACAAAGAAGUUCCCAUUGUCAACGCUUUCCUUCACAUGUCUCGUGAAGGUUAUCUGCCAUAUAGUCGAAACGGCAGAGAGCGAACAGAGGUUUAAGUUGAGUGAGGAAAAUUUUGAGAUCCUAGAAAGUGUGGUGAAAGUAAUGAGAGAAUGGCUCAACGAUGAUAAGAAGAGCCAGUUUCUUAGUCACUCAUUUAGAAGCGAGCUUGCGAACUCGGUGGUCACAAAGGGCAUGCUCCUUCACAGCAUAUAA